AUGGCAAAAGAGAAUGCCAUAGAGAUGGAACUGAAAGAAGAUGUAAUGUCUCACCUUCCGCCAUCUAAACUUAAAGAUGAGCUCAUACAAAAAGACGAGAAGAAGAAGAAUAAGAAUAAGAAUAAGAACAUGAAUCUUGAUGAUUUGAUCAUGGAAGCAGACAUCGUUUAUUCCAUUAUUGGACUUUGUGAACUGUCGGAUCCCAAAAAUAUUGUAAUAAAGAGAUCUCAUCCUCAUUUGGAAGAAGGUAGAAUCGAAGACAAGAAGUUGGAGAGAAAGCUCGAGCCGCUCGGAUUAAAGGUGAAUCAAAUAAAACAGGACAAGCACUGCCUCUUCAGAGCAGUCGAAGACCAGCUGGCACUCUACUCAGUUAGAGCUUCUUAG